CGCGGGAAACGGUUUCCAUGACAACGGUUUCAUAUAUCGAGUUUCUCUGUUGCGCAGCGCACCUCUCUUGUCGCCUUGGCUACAGAAUGGUUAGUGGAGGGGGAGCGCACAGCAUACCAGAUACCAGUCACGAAUCGACCAGUUUCUCCUUUCUAAGCUCAGUAUGUAACCAAGGGUCAAUAGUCGUAGUUGUGUUGCACGUUUCAAAACAACACAUAAGUUUCUGUUGCUUAUAUUGCUAUUGAUAGUGCGAUAGAAGUUUCAGUUUUUAUUAGUUGCACAGAAAAACGUGGAAGUUUUCAUAGAUGUUCUAGUUUUAUUGUAGUUCAAUUCCUGUAAACAAUGUGGAAUCCCAAUGAUCAUGCAUUCCAUUUGAAAUUUGUGAAGGAGGUGGAGAAGCACCAAGUUGUCUAUAAUUACAAACAUCCAGGAUACACAAAAAGAGAUGAGGUUCUCAAAGCGUGGCAAGAGAUCGCCGACAAAAUGAAGAUGCAGCCUGCUGAGUGCAGAGACAGAUGGCGCAAUCUUCGCUUGGUAUUUGUGAGAAAUGUGAAACGACUCCAGAGUGGACCACAAAAAAGAAGACCUUAUUACCUGCAAAAUGCCCUGCAGUUUUUAAUUCCUUUCUUAAAACCAACAGGAAGUUUGGACACAAGAGAUUGGGACAUUACAAACAUCAGAACUGAAGUUCAGGAUGAGGAUAGCGAGAUUGAAGACAGUGCUCAAUUGGAAGAGGCAUCCCCAUCUUCAAUAACUGCCAGGCACCAACCAUCACCGUCAACCAAUACUAGACAGCAAACAACAUCCAAAGCAACAUUCUCAACAACUGAUCACUCUUCAGACAGUCGAAAUUUCCUAGGAAACUUUGACUUUUCAGACAUAAAAACUGAAGUUCAGGUUGAGGAUAGCCAGACUGAAGAUAGUGCCCACAGUGAGAUUGAGGAUGAUGGGGAAGAGGAAUCCCCAUUUCCAACAACUGGCAGACAAUCAUCAACCAAUAUCAAACAGCAAACAACAUCCCCAACGACAUCCAGAAUGACAUUCCCAUCAACUUCAUUUAAUGAUCCAAUUGAACCGUUGACAUUGGUUAGUCGAUCAGUGCAAAAGCGGACGAAAAAUUCAACCUCAUCGGUAGCAGACAUGUGUGUAGCAGAAUACUUCGAAGCUGAGAGAGCCAAGUUGCAGUCAAACGCUGGAGUAGUACCUGACUUCCAUAGAAUUGAAAGGCAACAGGGACUUCGGAUGUUUCUUCUCAGUUUGCUACCGGAAUUGGAAGAGCUGAGUGAUGCACAAAUCAAACUUUUCAAACGGAAAGUUUUGAGAGUUAUUGAUGAAAUUGCAGAUUCCAGUUGAAUGCCAAAGACGCCAACAGGACUUUCAUUGCCUACACUCCCAUACACUCCCAUUUUGAAUACUAAGUAGAAGGAAUUCUGUUAUCAAUUCGGAUCUUAAUCUUUUUAAAUUCAAAAUUAAUUGGAACUAUAAUAAUUCAAAGUGGAACAAGAUAUUUUUAUUUGUAAA